AUGAAUGCUUUAACAACUGACCAAAAUGUUUCCAACGUAAAUGUCUCUCAUGGUGAAAACAUACUGAGAGUAUCACACCCAGAUCUCCCUAAAGAUCCUAGAACGCUAUUGCGCACAGAAACUCAGUAUGACACAGAGAACAAAUGUGGUGGACAGUAUUACUACUUUGACAUUUCAAGAUAUGUUCUUGAUCAAUUGAGCACCAGUAUUGAGUCACUCAGUGAUGGAUUUCGCUUGCAUCUCCAGAUCAAUAUUGAUGGUCUUCCUCUUUUUAAGAGUACACAGCACCAGUUUUGGCCUAUAUUAGGUAGAUUUGUCAACACCGAACACAAGAAACCUUUCAUUAUUGGUAUUUUCUCUGGUACAAGCAAACCAAAUAACUUGGAUGAGUUUUUAGGAGAAUUUCUUAAUGAAUACAGGGAAUUUAAUAUGAAUGGUUUGAACAUUGGUGAAAAGGUUGUUUAUAUUGACAUACACUCUGUUAUUUGUGAUGCUCCAGCUCGUGCUUUUGUAAAGUGUGUGAAAUCAUUUUCUGGAUAUCAUGGCUGUGAUAAAUGUACACAAGAAGGAGAAUGGAAAGGGAAAAUGACAUUUCCAGAAACAAAUGUCCCCCUCUGA